UAUACAAAACCCCCCAACAGAGCAAAGCUAGGGCCAAGUAUUCUUUUUCAGAUAUUCAUGUUUUAUCUUAAAGGGUCUGCAAAAAGUUAGAAAAAUCUAAAGUCACACACCUUUAAGGUUUUUAUUUCUUGUUCAUAUUCUUAAAAACCUCAUCUUUCUGCAAAAUCUACGUACAAAGAUAUGGGUCAAACAGUUUCUAAAUCCAUUGAAACAUCGUCUUCAUCGUCAUCCGAUGAUUCGCAUCCUGUCCGCACCGACGGAAAAAUCAGCCGCCGUAAAAGUAUUUCCAAAGUCAUGGGGAAACUGACUCUCCAUCGUUCUGAUCUACGCGGUUCUAUACGCAGACGUUUACGCCGGAAAACUAACAAUUCAGAUCGGGAUCUUUGUAGGUUACUUGAAGCUGAAGACUUCGCCGGAAUAGUCAAUGUUAGACUUAUUGAUGCGGAAAUGCAUUUCGAAGAUAAGUGGAUGGCUUGCUUAUCAUUUGGAGAACAAACCUAUAAGACGGAAGUAUCUGAUAACACAAAGAAGCCUAUCUGGAAUUCGGAGAAGAAACUUCUUAUAGAAAGCAAAGGACCUCAUCUUGCGAGAAUUUCUGUAUACGAGACCAACAGAUUAUCGAAGAACAACCUCAUUGGCUAUUGCGAAAUCGAUCUUUUUGAUGUACUCAUUAAGGACUGUGAAUCCGAGUCUACUGUUCAUAAAUUGUUAGAUCCAUCAACCUCAGAGGAAGUUGGCAGACUUUCUAUUUCAUUUACUUUUGAGGACCCAACUGAGACAAAACAGAGCUUCACAAGGCGCAUCUUGUCCUUAGCGGAUUCAAAUGCGGAUGGAACACUUUCAUUAUCAGAGUUUUCUCAAUUAAUUGAUGCUUUUGGCAAUCAAGUAGCAGCUAAGAAGAAAGAGGAGCUUUUCAAAGCAGCUGAUAAGAAUGGAGAUAAUUCUGUUAGCAUUGAUGAGUUGGCUGUUCUUCUUGCUGAUCAGCAAGAUAAAGAACCACUAAUCAAUUGUUGUCCUGUGUGUGGUGAGAAUCUUGAAGUGUCUGAUGAGCUCAAUAGUAUGAUACACUUGACCUUGUGUUUCGAUGAAGGAACAGGAAAACAGAUUAUGACGGGUGGAUUCUUGACUGAAAAACAAGCUUCAUAUGGGUGGAUGUUUAAACUAAGUGAAUGGACACAUUUUUCCUCAUAUGACAUUGGUCUGAGAUCUGGAUCAAGUGCCUCUCAUAUUGUGGUUUUCGAUCGCAGAACAAAGAGGCUAGUGGAGGAAGUGAUUGAUGGAAAGAUUGUUCUAUCAAUGAGAGCUAUUUAUCAAUCUAAAAUGGGUCUUGGCCUCAUAAAUACGGGUGUCAAAGAGAUCCUACAAAAACUUUCAGAAAAACAAGGCAGGAGAAUGGAAUCGCGAGAGUCUGUCAAAGAUAUACCAAAGUUUGUCGAAUCGUAUCAGGGUCAAAUUAAUUUGGCAGAAAUCAAAUAUCCUUUGGAUCAUUUUAAGACAUUCAAUGAAUUCUUUAUAAGAGAGUUGAAACCUGGCACAAGACCAAUUGCUUGCAUGGACCGCGAUGAUGUUGCUGUAUGUGCUGCUGAUAGCCGUUUGAUGGCAUUUAGAAAUGUUGAAGAUAGUCAAAGAUUUUGGAUAAAGGGUCGAAAAUUUUCGUUGAAAGGACUUUUGGGAGAUGAAAUUUCCUCAAAUGCUUUCCGCGAUGGAACAUUAGUAAUCUUCAGAUUGGCACCACAGGAUUAUCAUCGUUUCCAUUUACCAGUCUCGGGAAUAGUUCAGAAAUUCGUUAACAUACCUGGAUGCCUAUAUACUGUUAACCCUAUUGCUGUUAAUAGCAAAUAUUGUAAUGUGUUCACCGAGAACAAGCGUGCGGUAUCUCUCAUUUCUACAACAGAGUUUGGAAAGGUAGCAUUUGUAGCAAUUGGAGCAACAAUGGUUGGUAGUAUUGAUUUCACUAAAAAGGAAGGGGAUCAUGUCAAGAAAGGGGAUGAGUUUGGUUAUUUUUCCUUCGGUGGAAGCACUGUAAUUUGUGUAUUCGAAAAGGAUUCAAUUGAAAUUGACGAAGAUCUUUUGGGGAAUAGCGAGAGAUCACUGGAGACACUAGUGUCUGUUGGAAUGCAAUUGGGUGUAAAAAGAAGAAUUAACUGAUUUUGUAAAUUCUUUGAAUAUCAUCAUUUUAGGCUUGUAAAAAUUGUAUUUUGGAUAUACUGCUUCAUCUGUAAACACAAUUUUUUUUGUAAGGUUUCUCAUUUGGAUAGAUUAAGAAAUUCAUUGUUGAUUAAUAAUAAACCAAUGUGUUUUAUGUUC